CAGCUUUACUUCCCAUUACUGUUUAUGAGGGGAAAGAACAUAGACACUUGCAGUGUCCAUCAAUAAGAACAGGACUGAGAACAUCCAACGAUGAACAGAAUGGAUGAAGAAGACAUGGAAGGCCAAGAAGACGAAGAGCGCAUGGAAGGCCAAGGCGGCCAAGAAGCUCAUUUCAGUGCACUCGACCAAUGUAUCUCCCUGUGGCCCCGAGGGCUGUUCUCCAAGAAAGAUGUACCUUCCUUCUUCCGGAAGCCAAAGACAGUCAGAGGCAGCUUGAUACUUCUGGCCGUGUCCUCCUUCCUGGUGGUCCUCACUGUGUAUCCCCAAAUGCUCAGCAAGAUAGCAGAUAUUCAGACUUCCAUCCAGAUGCUUAAAGGUGUUUUAGAGACUGCCCCUCCUCAAGCCCAGAUGUUAAGUACUUAUUUGGGAAAUGCUAGUGCCAAGAUCGAGGAGGUAAAAAAAGGUCUGAAAAAUGCCAGUGAUCAGAUCCAGAUGGCAAACAACAAUGAGAAGAACGCCAGUGCUGAGAUUCAGAUGUUAAAAAAAGGUCUGGAAAAUGCUAGUGCUCAGACCCACAUGGCAAACAGAAAUCUGAAGAACGGCAGUGAUGAGAUCAAAAAAUUAAAGAAAGAUCUGGAAAGCACAAAUGCUUUAAAUUCUGAGGUCCAGAGGCUAAGACGUGGUUUGGAGAAAGCCAAUGAAGAAAUCCAGAAGAUAAUGGGAAGACUAGUAAACACCAGUAGCCUAAAUGCUGCAGUUCAAGACUUAAAAGAGCAAGUGGAGAAUCUCACAGCACAACAGUGCCAGCAAGGUCCUCGAGACCCUUCCACCCUGGGCUCCCUUCUGCAGCUAAUCAUCCAGGGCUGGCACUUCUAUGAGGGAAAGGCCUACUACUUUUCAGACACCAAAAUGACCUGGGAGGAGGCGGAGCACUUCUGUGUGGCCCACAAUUCUCAUCUGGCCUCAGUGACCUCAGAUGGAGAACAGGAAUUUCUGAGUAAGAGGACAAAUGGGGUGUACCACUGGAUUGGGCUGACUGACAAGAACACUGAAGGAACCUGGCAAUGGGUGGACGGGACUCCAUAUAAUGAGAGCCAAGCGUUUUGGAACAAGAACCAGCCAGACAAUUGGCACUAUGAGAAGGGCCUGAAGGAAGACUGUGUCCACACUCAGGUGAAGUGGAAUGACAUGCUCUGUGACCAACCCUAUCCCUGGAUCUGUCAGAAGGUGCCAGAACUGCCUGGUAGCACCCCUGGAUGUGGGCAGGCUCACCACCUGUCCCCCAUCCUCCCUCACAGGGCUACCAACGAUUCAGGGACGGUUCCAGGCUCUGCUUCCUCCAUCCGCACCUAGACCUCCUACCUUCCCAACCGGACACCAAUCUUAAUGCUACCCACUCUUCAAGACCCAGCUCAAGCCUCUCACAUCCUGGAAAGACUUCUUGGGCCAUUCUGGCCAUGAACCCCGAGAGCUGUCAGCUAGCACCUCACAGGCUUCGCCAGUGGAGGCCAGUUCCAGCUCCAGGUCACCUCCAUCUUCUUGAUGUUCUUUGCCCUAGGCCUCUAUCUCUUUUCAGUUCUGGUAUCUUAAUCAGUCCAACCGAUAGAGCCAUUGCUACUCAAAGGGGCACGUCAAACUGCCAACCUAUUGCUCUGAUCUCCUUCCGUAUAACUUUCCAAGCUAAAAUCUCUUCACCCGGCCACUACUGCCCUAUCAGUGUGAUCUCUCCUUGUCGGAACAUAGGACAGUCAGCUUUUCCACAUCCCCAGCUCUAAGCGCGGCAUUUGGCACAUAGAACCCCUUAAUAAAUUCAUUCCAUUCUUUGA